AAGAAGGCAUAGUAGGGGGACUUUAUGUGGAAUUUGAACAUUAUCUUAUAAUAAGAGAAAAGAAUGAGAAAAAAGAGGGUGGGGGGACGGAGUUCGCCGAGUCUUGAAGUAUCAUCGUGCAUGCAUUUUUUUUUUCUUGCUUAGUACCAAACUCUUUUCUCUUUCUUUCUCUCUCUUUGGUUUUUUUUUUUUUGCAUGCACAUGAGUUGUUUGCUAUCUCUCACAUCGCCGAUUCAACUCUUCCCUCAUCGGAACUCCUCGUUAUUCUCUCUCUUUCUCGAUUCUCUUCCAUAAUUUAUUUUCAAACCUCGUCAGCUCAAAGUCUCAUAGUCGUUAAUUAGUACAAAAAAAAGUCGCCAUCGUUUCUUUUCGCAACGAUUUUCAACGCCCGGUGAAGCCGAAGCUCCUGAUAUUUUCUUCUCAAGCUGGCUGGGUGGAUUUUCUUGAACAAAAUCUUUAUAGGGGAUUUUCACUGUUUCCGAUUUGAUCUUCUUUUUCCCUCGUAUUGUAAAAAAAAAUAUUUGUAGGGAUUAAAUUUGGAGCAUGGCGUCAAAGAGUUGCAUGAAUGGACUAUGCGGCGCUACAACGUCGAUUGAGUGGAGAAAAGGCUGGGCUUUGCGAUCUGGAGAUUUCGCUAAUCUCUGCGAUAAGUGCGGGUCUGCAUAUGAACAGUCAAUAUUCUGCGACAUAUUCCACUCGAAGGAUGCAGGGUGGAGGGAAUGCAGUUCGUGUGGCAAGCGUCUCCACUGUGGAUGUAUUGUUUCCAGGUGCUUGCUUGAGCUUCUCGAUAGUGGAGGGGGCAUUAUCUGUAUAAGCUGCGCUAAAAAAUCAGGAUUGAACCCUAUGAUUGAAGAUGAAAAGCCUAAUGGAUUUGGUAUAGUGAAGACUAAUGCUGGUCAAUUGCACUCAAUCUCUGCAGACAACCAAUUGAUUAGCAUUAGCAAUGAAAACCUAAAGCUUAUGCAGUUGAGCAACAAUGCAGAAAGCAUUGGACUGAGGCAAUUGCUUCAGCUUCACAAUGAUGACUCAAGUAGGUCUUUUGUGCAAAUGAAACAGGAGGAAGUUUUGCCUCCUGCAAUAGACAUUGGAAGCACAUGCUUGUCAAAUACUAAUCAAGCAUCUAACGGAUCAGUUCAAGCUGGGAAACCUGCCAUAUGUAAAGCUAAUAUUUCUGAGACAUUGCCGCAAACAAACUUAAGUAUUUCUUUAGGCAGUUCAUUAGGGAACCAAAAUGUUUUUCCUGGUUCAGUUGUGGAUGAAAAAGGUAAGAUGUCUUCAGUCUUGCAACAGGCAUCCAAAUCUCUCCAUCUUCUACCCAAGCCUCCAAAGCCAGUGCUAGCAGGUUUGGAGGUGAAUGCAGGCAUGGUACCCCAGAUACGUGUUGCUAGGCCUCCAGUAGAGGGACGUGGACGGAAUCAGUUGCUUCCUCGUUAUUGGCCAAGGAUUACAGACCAAGAAUUACAGCAAAUUUCUGGAGAUUCAAAUUCCACCAUUGUUCCUCUGUUUGAAAAGGUUCUGAGUGCAAGUGAUGCUGGACGGAUUGGUCGCUUGGUUCUGCCAAAAGCAUGUGCUGAAGCUUAUUUCCCCCCUAUAUCUCAACCAGAGGGCCUUCCCCUAAGAAUUCAAGAUGUAAAGGGAAAAGAAUGGGUGUUUCAGUUCAGAUUCUGGCCUAAUAACAACAGCAGGAUGUAUGUUUUAGAGGGUGUGACUCCUUGCAUGCAGUCUAUGCAGUUGCAAGCUGGAGAUACCGUAACAUUUAGCCGCAUGGAUCCUGAAGGGAAGCUUGUUAUGGGGUUUCGUAAAGCAACAAACAAUGCUGCGGUGCAGGAAACCCUACCAUCUGCCAUUCCUAAUGGCACUCUUUCAAGUGAAAGUUUGUUUUCGGGUGUUUUUGAGAACCUGCCCAUAAUUAGUGGUUACUCUGGCCUUCUUCAGUCACUGAAGGGAAGCACUGAUCCACACCUUAACGCGCUGUCCAAACAUUUGAGUUCAACUGGUGGUGAUAUUAGCUGGAAUAAAUCUGGGAAGCACGAGGACAGGAUAAGGGAGGGCUUAUUACUGCCAUCUAUGUUAACUCCGGAGAGAAAAAGAACUCGGAAUAUUGGGUCCAAAAGCAAGAGGUUGCUGAUUGACAGCCAGGAUGCUUUGGAGCUGAAACUUACUUGGGAAGAGGCACAGGAUUUGCUCCGUCCACCACCAAGUAUCAAGCCUAGCGUUGUCACGAUUGAGGAUCAUGAUUUUGAAGAAUAUGACGAACCUCCAGUUUUUGGGAAGAGGAGCAUCUUUGCUGUCCGUUCGACUGGGGGACAAGAGCAAUGGGCUCAGUGUGAUAGCUGUUCUAAAUGGAGAAGGUUGCCUGUUGAUGUUCUUCUUCCACCAAAAUGGACAUGUGCAGACAACAACUGGGACCAAAGCAGGUCAUCAUGUUCUGCACCAGAAGAACUCACCCCAAGGGAGCUAGAAAAUCUUCUUAGAUUAAAUAGAGAUUUCAAAAAAAGGAGAAUAGCGGCAUUCACUAGGCCAACCCAGGAGCAUGAAUCAUCAUCUGGUUUGGAUGCUUUGGCCAAUGCUGCUAUCCUUGGAGACAAUGCAGAUAAUUCAGGCACAACGUCAGUGGCAACUACUACUAAACAUCCAAGGCAUCGUCCUGGUUGUUCUUGCAUCGUAUGCAUCCAGCCUCCAAGUGGAAAGGGAAAACACAAGCCGACAUGCACAUGCGUUGUGUGCAUGACAGUUAAACGUCGUUUUAAAACCCUCACAAUGCGCAAGAAGAAGCGUCAAUCGGAGCGUGAAGCAGAGAUUGCUCAGAGGAAUCAGCAAGCAUGGGGUCCCAGUGAAGAAGCUGAGGUAGACAGCAGCUCUAAGCAUGUAUCAUCAUUGCACCUCAAUCCUUUUGAGAAUGAAGCAAGGUCGGCUAACGAGUUAGAAUCCAAGAGCCAGAGCUCCACCAAGUUGGUUGAAGCUAACAAGGGACAGAUAGACUUGAACUGUGAUCCUGACCGUGAGGAUGAUUCCCAAUUAGGUCCCAACCGCACGAGCAUGACAAGUCUUGUUCGAGUGGCAAGCCUUCCAUUGGAGACGUACCUGAAGGAGAAUGGUCUUACAAGCUUGGUAUAUGAACAGCAAGGAAAUUCAGCGUCAAAUGCUCCACCACAGAGCAUGAGUGGGACUGUGGAGGGUGAGACACAAGAAAAUAGCAGUUUCCCUUCUGCCACCGAAGAGCCUGAGAGUAAGGAUGAAGAAAAUGGUGAAACUGGAUCCGACAGAGUCGAUGACAACAAUGACAAGGAUCCUUAAUGAGACACUCUUUCUGUUUGUUUUGCCUUAAAAUUCUUUUUAACCCCCUUUGGUUUGGUGUUCUUUUCCCUUUAGAAAUCCGUAAGGCGUUUGGCAUUCAGGUUUUCAAUCCCCAUAUAUUUAUGCAUUACAACAAAAUUACUAUGAUAUAUAGUGAGAGAGAAGGGUUUACUUGUACGCGUGUAAAAACACAAAACAGUUAUAUAUAUAUAUAUAUAUUCAUCAUUUUAACGAAUUGAUAGUUGUAAGCUCAUUGUGCUUUAUGAAACUGACUUGAAUGUAGUUAAGUGCAGAUGAUGCAAAAAAAUUCAUCGGAACUCGCAUUCUGUAUAGUAGACUGAUAUGAAUGAUUAUGAACAUAUACAUAACACUAUAUAUUAGAGGGUCAGGCUUGCACUCUUAUCUACAACAACAGCAUCCUCCCCGUUUCCACAUCUAGAAGGAUCAAGACAGUGGAAGAACCACAUUUAUUAUCUUCUCUAUGUUGUGUUGAAAAAAAAAAGGGACAAAAAAAAUGAACAAAUGCAUAUAUAUAAACAAUCAAUAUCCUUCUACGCUAGCCCUCCUAAGGGUUGCUGAUGAUGAUCUUCUACUUUCUUGCCUCUCAGACUCCUCUAACGAGAGUGUCGAGGAACAUGCUCGUGGUGGAAGUGCCAA